AUGCGGGUCGUGUGGCUCUCCCUGCUCUGCGCCGUGGGGCUCAGUGACUUCGGAUCCUGCUGGUAUUUUACGGACAGCAAAGGUGUACCUGAUGCAGGCCCGCCUGCGGAGCGGAGCAGCGCGGCCGCCGACAGAGGAUGCCCGGAGGAGGAGGAGACCUCCCUGCCGCAGGGGAAGCCGGCCUCGCCGCCGUCCCGCCGCGGUGCUUUGGACUCGGACGCCCCCAGCCCGGAGGGCGACCCGCACGUGGAGCCGCCGUGUGAAGAGGGCAAGCUGAAGAAUGGAGCAAAGCGGGUCACGUUCCCUUCCGACGAGGACAUCGUGUCUGGGUCUGUGGAACCGAAGGAUCCCUGGCGACAUGCCCAGAAUGUGACUGUUGAAGAAAUUAUCAUUGCCUACAAACAAGCCUGUCAGAAAUUAAACUGCAAGCAGAUACCCAAACUACUGAAGCAGAUACAGGAAUUUAAAGAUCUCUCCCCCAGGAUAGAGUGUUUGGAUCUAAAAGGAGAAAAACUAGACUACAAGGCCUGUGAGGCACUGGAAGAGAUUUUCAAAAGGGUCCAAUUUAAAAUAGUAGAUUUGGAGCAAACAAACCUGGAUGAAGAUGGUGCCUCAGCAUUAUUUGACAUGAUUGAGUAUUAUGAGUCAGCCACGCACCUCAACAUCUCAUCCAAUAAACACAUCGGUACCCGAGGCUGGCAGGCAGCUGCACACAUGAUGAGAAAGACGAACUGUCUGCAGUACCUGGAAGCGCGGAACACGCCGCUGCUGGAUCACUCGGCGCCCUUCGUUGCUCGGGCCCUACGCAUCAGCAGCACACUGGCCGUGUUACACUUGGAGAACGCUGGCCUCUCUGGACGCCCGCUCAUGCUGCUAGCAACGGCUCUGAAAAUGAACAUGACCCUGCGAGAACUGUAUCUAGCUGAUAACAAAUUGAACGGGCUGCAGGACUCCGCUCAGCUUGGCAACUUGCUGAAGUUUAACUGUUACAUCCACAUAUUGGACUUGAGGAACAACCACAUCCUAGAUUCAGGCUUGGCGUACAUCUGUGAGGGCCUAAAGGAGCAACGCAAAGGGCUAGUCACUCUGGUUUUGUGGAAUAACCAGCUGACUCACACUGGCAUGGCUUACAUGGGGAUGACGCUGCCUCAUACGCAGAGUUUGGAGACCCUGAACCUUGGUCACAAUCCCAUCGGGAACGAAGGCGUUCGUAACUUGAAGAACGGACUCAUUGGAAACCGCUCUGUGCUCCGGUUAGGCUUGGCUUCUACUAAACUCACUUGCGAGGGUGCUGUGGCGGUGGCAGAAUUCAUCGCAGAGAGCCCGAGGCUCCUUCGACUAGACCUGCGAGAGAAUGAGAUUAAAACGGGGGGUCUGAUGGCAUUGUCCUUGGCACUGAAGGUCAAUCAUUCUCUGCUCAGGCUGGACUUAGACCGGGAACCAAAAAAGGAGUCUGUGAAGAGCUUUAUUGAAACACAGAAGGCUCUUUUAGCUGAAAUCCAAAACGGCUGCAAACGCAAUUUUAUUCUGGCCAAAGAGAAGGAGGAGAAAGAACAGAAAUUGCAGCAAUCUGCCUCUAUGCCAGAAAUCACCAUCACCGAGCCAAUUGAAGAAGGACCUGUGGAAAACAGCCAAGUGGAUGACCCAUUGGCCACUUCUGAAGGAGAAGUGGAGGAGACUUUGGUGUCCAAAGAGAGCAGGCAUCCAGACCAGACAAUAAACACUGACAAAGGUGGGGUGACCUAUUCAGACUCUGACACGGAUGAUGAGGUAGACACUGGGUUGGAGAUUAAAGAUCUCAGUAAGUCACAAGAACAGUGUGAUUCUGUUCAUGCAGCUAAUGUGCCUGUCACAUUUCUUUGUGCUGAAAAGACAAAGGAUGCACUUGGCUCAGAGGACAGAACCACUCCUUCAAGCAUUGCUGAAGACACAAAGGGUGAGCCCAAGGGAGGGGAAAGCAUGGGGACUGUACCAGACACUCAGGCAUGUGCUAACUCUCAAGGAAAUGAGAGGAGAAUUUCUGUUUCCAGUCCCGGGCGAGGCCAUAAAAUCUUCGUAGUGACACGAGUGGAAAAUCUACCCGAGAAAACAGCAGAAAACACGACGUGGCCGACGGAGAACAUUGGUGAUUUGCAAGGCAGCGCAGGGAAACAGUCCAAACUGAUCACUCAAACCCUACCUACAAAAACUGAGUUCUUAGACUUGCAGGCAAAUGGGACUGUUUCUAAGCUGACAGCCAUCUUGGAAAAUGCGCCAUCGGCAGGACCCCCUGGAUCUCUUUCAGAAAAGAUGAACUCGGGGCCGUGUGAGAAUGCAGUCUAUGGAGCUCCGCUCCCUAACGGGCUAAAGGCAGAAUUUGUGCGUGUGCUACCAGACACGUCCUCAGGGUGUGAUGUGAAAAUGGGGAGCUGUGCUGUCGAACAUGAAUUAAACUGUUCCAAGAAUGAGAAGGAGUUGGAGGAAUUGCUCCUCGAAGCCAGUCAAGAGACAGGGCAGGAGCCACUGUGACACUUUAGUCCCUCUGGGUCGAUCUACAUUGAGCUGAGACUGUCGUGGGGAAGGUGUGUGUCGCUUUAUUCCCUUCCCACGCCUCAUGAUUCAGAAGAACCUUGGUCUGCAGGACAGAGGUUUUAUUUUUUCAAAACAAUGUGAUAUUUCCUGCCCUAGAUACUUUUCCCUGCAUUCUUGACUUCCCUGUCCUAUGAGGAAGGACUCUGAUAUUUUCAAGAUGAUCAGGAAGGGAAGGAGAACCAAGGAAAAAAAACUUUACCAAAAGCGAUUCCCCUCUCCCCCCCACCUGAUUCCAAGGUGAGCUCUGGCACCUGACGGAAACGGCACUAUUUUCUGACCUUCUCUAGACACUAGCUGAUGCAUUUGCAUUUUUCUUUCUAUAUUUCUCUGGAAUUACCACUGUUGCUGAGUAAUUUGUAAGGAGAAGAUGCCGUCGGUCCUGGGGAACAGGCAUUGGGCAGGAAUAUUCUCCAAUUCAGAUGGGAGAUUAAAAACCCAGAGUCGCAUGGUUCAGGCCUGGAUUUGCUUGCCCCACACUACAAGCGUCCCGGGCCUCUGAAGGCUAGUUUGAUAACUGUUUUGUAACAUGGAAAUCUGCUAGCAGAAUGGUUGCACAUGAUUGUGUCCCUGGAGAGAGUGGCACUGACAUGAGAAACUUCUUUCACCAGACAAGCUGCGUCCACAGCCACAAUGGUUAUUUAUUUUAAAUCCCCCUUUUUUGGGUAUAUAUUUAUCAUGAGCUUCAAAAUACCGACCAGGAUUUAACUUAGAAACCAGCGUAGAAUUACUUGUAGUCUCACCUGCAACCUUUUUGGAACUUUUACUCCUGGUUUGCAGAACUCUGCCAAAAAGCACCAUCAGACACCCCUUCCCACGCAAACCCUACACAGCACACCACAGUGAACACAGCUAGCCUGCGUGCUUGUGACAUGCCCUAGUGAGAGCCACAUUUCAGAGGGCUCCUGGCCAGUGAUGCAGUCAAGAGGCCUGGCUGAUGCCAUUUGAGGGUCAGGUGGAAUUCUUUACGUUGGCGUGUGUCUCGCGACAGGGGAAGGGGGAGGAAUUCUCCUGGCUGAGUCUAUCUAGUUUCCUAACUUUAUAAGCUUCAAAGGACAAAUUUCCCCCUUUUUGCCAGGUUUUCUCAAAGCCAUAUAGUAUGGAACUGAUGGUGUGUGAGAGAGGGAGAGGCUGAAAUGAGGCUGUCGGCUUCAGCAGUCUAAUGCUGAG